AUGGCUUGCUUUAAAUGCACAGAAAGUGAAAUUGAAAGGCUAGAAAGAGUAGAAAGUGAAAAAGUGGAAAGAAAGUUAAAAGAGUUUGAAAAGGAAGAAAGCAAUCAAAUAAAGUUGUUGCUCCUAGGUAUUGGUGCAUCCGGAAAGUCGACAUUUAUACGUCAAAUGCAGAUUAUGUAUUAUAAAGGAUUUCGCGACGAUGAAAGGCAAUCAUACAUCGAAAUAAUAUUCCAUAAUGUACUUACGUCAUUAAAAGCCCUGGUGACGGCAAUGGACACACUAAAUAUUCAAUAUGGAAACGAUAGGAAUGCAACUAAUUCGAAACUCAUUAUGGACCUUGAAGAGGAAGAAUUUCUGCAAUUUCCGGACAUGUUCGUAGCGUCAAUAGAGGAAUUGUGGGAUGAUGCUGGGGUACAACAGUGUUUUAGGAGACGUAAUGAAUAUCAAAUAACCGAUUCAAUCAAAUACUACAUACGGCAUAUCGAACGAAUUUCUGGUCCAAACUACUUGCCAACAGACGAUGACAUUUUACAUGUGCGGGCACCUACGCAGGGGCUGGUGGAGUACAAAUUCGAAGAGAAAAACGCCGAUUUUCGUAUCAUUGAUGUUGGCGGACAACGUGGUCAGCGUUUGAAAUGGUUAAGGGCCUUUGAUGGGGUGAAGGUAGUUUUGUUUGUCGUUGCCAUAUCCGAAUAUGAUCAGGUAUUGGAAGAAUCGGAUGACAGAAAUCGUUUAAUCGAAUCAAAACUUGUCUUUGAUCAAAUAGUCAAUUGUGGCUAUUUUUCAGACUCUUCUUUGAUUGUGUUUUUCAAUAAAAUCGACUUGCUGGAGGAGAAGAUAAUGUAUUCCGAUUUGGCCCAUACAUUCCCCGAAUUUACUGGAGAAAAACGCAAUGCUGAUGCGGCAAAGAAAUUCAUACGCGACAUGUUUUUGAAACAGCAGAAAAAGCGAAAUCUUUACCAUCACUACACUUGUGCAACAGAUACUGGAAAUUUUAAAGUUGUCUUUAAAGUUGUACGUGAAACGAUACUUCAACAUUAUUUAAGGGCCACCCAUAUUGAUUAA